GAGCGCGCGGGGCGGGGACGUGGCGACGCCGGCGCCAGCGCCAGCGCCAGCGGGUCCCGUGACCGUGCGCCCCGCCCGGAGCCCCCGCGGUCAUGCAGUCCCCGGCGGUGCUCGUCACCUCCAGGCGAGUUCAGAAUGUCCACACGGGCCUCGACCUGACCGUGCCCCAGCACCAGGAGGUGCGGGGCAAGAUGAUGUCAGGCCACGUGGAGUACCAGAUCCUGGUGGUAACCCGGCUGGCGGCGUUCAAGUCGGCCAAGCACCGGCCCGAGGAUGUCGUCCAGUUCUUGGUCUCCAGAAAGUACAGUGAGAUUGAGGAGUUCUACCAGAAGCUGAGCAGUCGUCAUCCCACGGCCAGCCUUCCCCCGCUCCCCAAGAAGGUCCUGUUCGUCGGGGAGUCCGACAUCCGGGAAAGAAGAGCCGUGUUCAAUGAGAUUCUGCGCUGUGUCUCCAGGGACGCCGAGUUGGCAGGAAGCCCCGAGCUGCUAGAGUUUCUAGGCACCAGAUCUCCAGGGGCUGCGGAUCUUUCCAGCAGAGAUGUCUCCGUCCUGGAUGCACACAACCAGGCCCAGGAUGAUGCGGAGGCUUUUGACUUCUUCGAGCAGCAGGACCGAGCGGAGGGUGAGGAUCUGCCCAUCCCAGACCUGAAGGGUGAGGAUGCAGGAGAAUCUGAGGAGGAAGAGGAAGAGGCACUGGACCCUCUGGGCAUCAUGCGCUCUAAGAAGCCCAAGAAACGCCCCGAAGUGGCUGUGAAGCCCAAGCCCUCACCCCGACUCACCAUUUUUGAUGAGGAGGUGGACCCUGAUGAGGGGCUCUUUGGCCCCAGCACGAAGCUCUCCACCCAGCGCCCUGCAGAGGACGUGCCCCUGAAGGACCCCCUGAAGUUGUUUGAAGAUCCUGAUCUCGGCGGGGCCGUCCCCUUGGGUGACCCCUUACUACUGCCUGCCGCCAACAAGAGUGGAGGGCCCACGUCCCACCCGGAGCUGUUCAGAGUUGAAGAGGACUUGGACCAGAUUCUGAACCUGGGGGCUGAGCCCACACCCAAGCCCCAGCCUAAGCCCAAACCGCCAGUGGCAGCCAAGCCAGCACUACCCAGAAAGCCAGCUGUGCCCCCCAAAGCAGGCCUGCCUGAGGCUUUGGCGGGGCAGCAGAAGCAGCAGCAGCAGAUUCAAGCCAUGGACGAAAUGGACAUCCUACAGUAUAUCCGGGACCAUGAUGCACCUGGCCAGGCUGCCCCCAGCCUCUUCUGACCCUCCCACCCCUGUACUGGCCCUGGGCUAGCAGAGCCUCUCCCCCGAGGGGUGUAUGGCAAGGUGGGUACUCUGCCCUGCAGGACCAGGGCCUCAAUUCCCAAGGCAGGGGCAGGUGCCCAGGUCAGAGGACCCCCUGUACCACCUUGUUUUGUUUUUGGUUUUAUUUUUGGGCCUGCAAGGUCACAGUACCCUGCAGGGCACAGAGAGAGGUCACCGUUAGAACUGGAGUCCAAAUUGUCUCAGCCACGUGGAUGUGGAAGGGAGAGCACGUGAGGUGCCUUGCUAACCAGGAGCUCAGCCCAGCCCGCAGGAUGAAGCGAGACAGGAGGGACCCAGGGAGGCCCUACUCGGGGCAGGGAGGGUGUGUCCAUGGUGCCCACUGCACAGUAGGGAGGAUGUGCCCAACCUGGAAGGAAGGGUGGUGUCCCUGAGCAGUGUGGCUCCUGGAGACCUGUGGGCUCUGAGAGGGUCCCCAGGAACAGAUGCCGAGUGGUGCUUGGGAGAGCCUGGUCGGGUGGGGCGUCCCUGAGCUGCCUCUGGUCAUCAGGUGCUAAGCAGGAUACACUUUCCCUUGCAUCCAACCUGAGGGAGACAUGAGGCCCAGGCCUGCCUCUCUGGAGUGUGGGCGGCCUGACAAGCCCCUGGUCUUCCUCCCUCCUCCUUGCCCGGGGAAUGCCUGGCCAGACCACAGCCACCAUGGGGCUCUGGCCAAAUGGCCAGUGUCCACCACUGCAGCUCUGAGCAGAGCAGAACUCUGCUGGGCCUGCAGCUGGGGUGUCCCUCCUACCCACAGUGGGCCUGGGAUGCUCUCAGCUGCGGCUUCGAGCACUUUCUCCCGCGGUGGGCACUGCCAGGCCUUGCCAGUCUCCCAGAUCUGCACACGCUCUCCGGCCUUUCAGCAGCGGGGACCGCCUUUCUAGGGAGAAGGAGCCCUGUGCCAGAGCAGGGCCCGUGCCUUAGCCUUCCCCUGGACCCCCACGCCCCGGCACUCGGUGCUCAGGAAAUUCUCAGUGAAUGAUGUUUAAUAGAGCAAAGAAUAUCUUUUUAAAUAUACCCUUUGUGUUCAGAACUAGUUUUUAAUGAAACACAGUUUUUAAUGAACUACAACCACUGUUGUCCCUUGGCCUCUUCUUGACAAAGACAUGGGAGAGGGUCUGGAACCAGGACCCCAGACGCUUCCCUGAUGGGGCGCCCUGACCAAGCUGAUUGUUCGCCGCCAUCAGUCUCUGGCACCCCUGCUGCUGCCCUGGGCCUGGGCCUGGGCCUGUGGGGCUGUGGGAGCCCUCCCUCUGCUCUGUCCUGUGUCUCAUGCACCCUGGCGCCCCCGUCGGUCAGCUGUCUGGUCUGAGAAGGCUGCCCUCCCCCAGCCUAGGCCAGAGUGGCAGGAAAUAGGCAAUUGUGAGGUCUGAGAGCUGAAUGCCUUCUCCGCUGCCUUACCCAGGCUCCAAGGCCUCUCUCCCCAGGGCUCUGCACGGGCUCUGGGGCUCCUAGUGCCUGCCACUCCGCUUCCCUUUCACUGCCAGGCCUUCAUGCCCCGAGCCCAGGAGACCUCAGAGGCAGUCAGUGCCCAGGUGAGGGCUGCCCCCUGUUCUCCCUCCUAUGCCGGCUCCCCACCCACCACCACCUCUCGCCAACUGUGAUGGGGGCUCAGCCUGCAGGCCUGGAAGGGGUCACGGACAGAACCUGCCAUCCUGGUGGGGGUUCAUCCGCAGCAGGCUGGCCUCCCUGGAGGCCUGGCACCACCUAGACACUUGAGUGAGCAUGUGCACGUCCCCAGAUGAUGAUGCUCAAUCUGUGGUUGGUUCUCCACCACGGGUCUGUGACCUACUGGUGAAUUGAUGACGCCCAGUGAUCCAAUAAAGUUCAUUUCCGUGACUCAUUC